UGCGAGGCGCUCAGGCUGGGCGGGACCCCGAGAGGGGCGAACCGGCUCCGAUAGGCUGCUCGCCUUGUUGGACAGCGGCAAUCACCAACCGCGGGGCGGGGCGGGGCGCUACCCGCUCCCCAGGCGGCCGAGGAGGAGCGCCGCGCGGCUCGCACUCUCGCAUCAUGUUCCAGGGCCCCGAGGCCGAGCCGGCCAAGCCCAGCUCCAGGGUUCUGAAGCCCCCUGGAGGAGGGUCCAGUAACCUCUUUGGAAGUGCAGAAGAAGUUUCUUCUUCCAGCAAGCCACACCGAAUGGCAUCCAAUAUCUUUGGAGCAUCAGAAGAACCACAGAAUCUUCCGAAAAGAACAAACCCUCCAGGGGGAAAAGAAAGUGGUAUUUUUGAGGAUUCUGGUACAGCUCAGCCUCGUCCACGUAUGAAUCCACCCGGUGGGAAGACAAGUGAUAUCUUUGGCUCUCCAGUAUCUACCAACGUUGUGCGAGCACACCCAAACAAGCCUAAGGAUCACAUCGUCUUGAAGGAAGACGAAACACCAAAGAAGCCAGAAGCUGCAGAAAAUAACAAACCACAGCUGGAAGAUGGUGGCGAGAAAAAAGAUGUGGGCAAAGAGGAGCGAUGCAAGGAGCCAGAACCCAAGAUAGACAAUCAUGAGCCCAGAUUAGGGCCGAGGCCACGCUCACACAACAAAGUUCUCAAUCCCCCGGGUGGAAAAUCUAGCAUUGCAUUCUAUUAGGGUCAUCUGUUCACUUUCACUAACGGAGUCUGCACAGAAACUCUGGUUUGUGGUUGCAAGGUCAGUUUUCAGGGUAUUGUUUGUGGAUAGAUCCUUAGGCUGAUGGAUGAGGGUUGUGCUAAAGUGUGUGGAAAAGAAAACUGAUGAUCUGGGGAGGGAGGGCUGAGGGAGGGAAGGGAUGCCCUGUGGAAGACAGGAGUAUGGGACUGCCUAGGUGGGUGGUGGAGGGGAACAUUAGUGUAACUUUGUGAAAGAGCAGUGCUACCUUGUGGUGAGUUCAUUGGGCUAGCAAGUGGCUCAGGACAUGCUGGUGGAACUAGGCUUCUCUGUACAGUCAACGUGUAAGGCGUUGUGAAUGGGUGGGGACCUGGAGGUCACAUCUGGAAUAUUUUGAAGCAAAGCAGGUAGGCUGAGCUUUGUUCUUGGCAGUGGGAGACAGCUUCACAGUGUGAGUUGACUUGCAGUCACUUUAAUGUAAAUAGUUCCACUGGAACAACUAGUGCUGCCGUGUUCCUGAGAGACUUUAGUCUUUGGUUCUCUUUCCUUUCUUGCUUCACAGCAUGUGAUUGCUGAUAUGAGGGCAAAACAUGCUGAAGGUCUCUUUUAUACUCUCAUAAAUCACCAUAUGUUAAUAGAUUUGAUUUAUUUUUUUCCCCUCCCCAGAGCAUUCAGGCCUUUCUUCUGCCUUCAGUAAUCUGCUGAUUACUAUGAGUAGCUCUAGCUAAAUGAUAACACCAAUCCAGUGUACUGCUUCAUGUAGGUGCUUCUAGAAGUCUUUAAAUGAAAGUAUCAUGGUUGAGUGCUUGCACGCUUUAUGGAAAAGGUAUGAGUGCAAGCAGUUGCUUAAUAGUACUCUCUGAACAGAAACAACAUCUGAUCUACAGUUACUGUAGAAAAUGUGUGAGAUGUCUAGCCAGCUGGCUUUGAUAGCCCAACCUGUAUAGAAAUGCCUUAGUUUCUGCAAUGGUUUUUUACUUUUGUACGCUGCGGAAACCAGGACUGUGAUGCUGUCUUCACCACGGUGCAUUUUUUCGUUUGCCUGUGCUGACUCUGUUAGUGAAUGCUCUCGUCUUCAGUCAGCCUCGCAUUUGCCUUUGACUGCCUCAGAUUUUUGUUGCUAAGGAAGAAAGCUAUUUGAAUUCUUCCCAAACCAUGAUUGUAGUUGUUUUGAGUCAUACUGUAGACUAUCCUAGUUGGAGAAGCAAAGACAAUACAGACUUUUUGUUUAUGCUGGCUUUCUUAAAUCAUGUUUGGAAGAUGUGCGUUUAUUGAACAAGAGUAUGUGGGGAGGGCAGCUCCCACCAUUGCUUCUCUGAAUGGGCUUUCUGAUCAUAUUCAGAGCUUUCUUAUUUGAAUGUCAAAUUAAGUGCUUAGACAGUUCAGUGUAUUUAGUAGUGACUUUUUAAAAUUGACAUUUGCAAACAGGAGUUGUUCAGGUUCACCAAAGAACAAGUGGCCUUAUCUGAGUAUAUUCACUGCUGUUCUAGCCCAGGUUCCCUGAAAAUUGCUGCUGUUUAGGGGGAACUUUCUCUGGGUGAGGUGCUAAAAAACACUCUUGAUUAUGGUGCUUAUUAGUCUGUUCUGUUUAUAGUCUGCUCUGCUUAGUUUGUCAGAAGUGGUGGAUGACUGUGUGAAGACUUAGUUGUCUUUUCAGAUUGUGAAAGUGAAAUAUGUGAGGCAAUACGAAGGAUCUAAAUACCAUGGAAAGGAGGAAUUCCAAAGCUUCUGUGUCUUUCACGUGGAUUUGGGGCUCUCUGUUGUUUGGCUCCCUUGAAGAACAACACAAGGAUUCUAACAUAAACCUUAUAUUGCAUUUAUGCUACUUCCAAACAUGUAUUUCUUAGCAGCUUUUAUCAAGUCUGUGCUGCCAUGCCUCUGGCUGAGCUUCAAUCACUUGUGUUUCAAUACCUUGUUCCAUACUUGACAAGGUUUUAAGAGGUUACUACAUUAAAAAAAAACAAAAAAAAACUCAACCAGAAGCUGCUUUCUGCAUUAAAAGAUCUGGUACAAUUGAUGUUAUCUCUAAUACUGAGCUUAGGUUUGUCAUCUUUUAGUGCAUUGGCUACAGUGCCUGUCUUUUAAACAGACUUCAGACUGGGCCUUUACAUUGGUUAGUUUGUUUCCUAUCUAAACCGUGUCUCCAGUUCUUCAAGUGAACCUGUUAAGAGCCUUUCUCUGCCACAAAAGAUGAUUUGAAAUCAAAUGAUGAAUCAUGCACUUGUCAAUAAACCUCUGUAUUU